UCGAUGAUCGGUUAAUGAUGAUCCGAAGAAUAUAUCACCGAGCCAACAAAACGUGUCAAAGCCAUUCAAAUCUGUCAGAACGUGUCUGCGCAGCUCGAGAAUGAAACGGAUGGUGCCUUCUCUUUAUCUCCCUUUGACGCGUUUCAGACAUAUGGGCAAUGAACCACUGUGUACAGGCAUCAUAAUGCCAUUUGUGAAUGUUGUCAAAGCAUCGAACCCGCCAGUACGACAAUGAGCCACAGUGGUCUGUCCGCAGCGUUUUGUGGACGUUGGCCCGGGGCUGGUUUAAAAAGCUGGUCGGGGAUGCAGGGAACGUUACCUAUCUCACAAAAUGACCGUCCCUAGCGCAACUACCGGUGAAUGUGUGUACCAUCCGCAAACACCCCGUCGGACCAAAUACCACUGGCAGGGAACUUACCCGAUCUCGAGGGAAGACAAGGUUAAGUUAGACCUGUGGAUGAGCACUCACUACGAGGCCCUACCUGAGCCCUCUUCCAACGAGGCAAAGGAAAUGGGGGUUGUUCCCUCGUUUCCUUACAAGGAUGUACCGAUCUACGGCGAUACAGCUGAUAUCAUGGCAUUGUAUCUUCGUGGCGUUUGGGGUUGCUUGCUCACCCCGAAGAAUGUCAGUGACCUGAUAGAUACGGUUGGCAUCCGUUAUCAUGUCUGGGUCGCCACUAAGAAAGUGCUCGAAAAAUUUCCACAAGGUCCAAGAACGUUAUAUGUGAGGCUCGUGCUUCGACAAUUCCUUUUUGAACUCGGUCUGGCCAUGUUAGGUGCCGUCAAGGGCCCUGUGGUGAUUUUCAUAAAUUCGCGGUUGCACGACUGCAAGGCUGCCAUGGUGGACGAAGCCCGCGCCCUCGUUGACCUUUUUGACCGUGCUGAUGUCCGACGAUGGAGAGUUGUCAUCACGCUGCCAGCGACAGAGGAGGGUAUCCGUGCCGCACGCGAACUCACUAAGCAAUACUCAAUAGGUAUACAUCUCUCAAUGGUGACCUCCCUUGCACAUGCUUGCGCCUGUAUCGAAGCUGGGGCGACUAUGCUGAGUAUGAAUGUCGCUCCAAUCAUGACAUGGUUCGAAAAGAAAGAUGUAGGCGAAGUCGAACACCCAAUUACUCCCGGCCACCCUGGCAUCAAGACGAUCCAAUCAUGCAUCAAUUACAUCCGCCAAAACUCUUUGAACACUUCUUUGCUAGUAACUGACAUCCGGGAUUGGGAUGAAUUGAACCAAUUGGAUGGCGUUGGAGCUGCCGCGCUGAACCAAAAUUUGCUCAAUCAGAUUCCCAUGUGUGGACUUACGACCUGGUCCCCAGAGAUCAUGGAAGACUACGAAUUUUCGCCUGCAUGUCGAUGUGCCCGAGAAGCUAAAUAUCCUUCCAACUUCCUGAACCAGGCGAGAGGUAUUGGAAUGUCAUUGUCCGCCGGAGAUCGUAGCCUUUUGUCGUCUGUGGUUUACAUCCGCCUUGGGCAAAACAAAGUUUUCAUGGGGAAGAUUGAAGACGUUAUCAGAAAAGAAGUUGGCAGGCGCCUCUAUGUGGACGCUUUCGAUCCGCACGCCUACUCCAUGGCCGUAAGGAGGAGGCGAUUGGCAGCGAAGACACAAACAAGCCUAACAGGCGCCGCGACCCCUGCUCCAUAA